CUGGGAGCAAGUUUGAAGGAAAGCAAACUUUAAACAAAGACAGCGACAGGGACGAACUGGACUUGACUUUGUCUGGAAAUCUUCCAGGACAACAAAGAGACAUGAACUCCAGGAGCGUCCGAGAGGAUCUGGACUCAUGGGGGUCUCUUGCGGGGCUGAGCGGUGCGAUGGCAGAAGGACCCCUGCGUGAGCACAGCUUUGUCCUCUUUGAAAUCCAGAAGAGACGCCGGGAGGAUGAGGAGAUGGACAAAGUGAUCAUAGAAAGGCUUCAGGAAUUGGAGAGUUUGCGACAGUCCACAGAAGAGAAGGAGGCGGAGCUUAAGAAACAGAAUGAUUUAUGCUUAAGUUUUGAUACGUUUCUGAAGGAAGAAGAAGCUGAAAAAGCUGCUGAGAGAACAGAGAAGGAGAGUAAAGAGGUUCUUCAAUUGGAGGCAAAGCUAGAGAGGCUAAAGCUGAAAUAUGCUGAGCUGAUGAAGGAGAAACAGGAGCAAGAGCGUCAGAUACAAAUACACUGUGUAUAUAAGGACUUCAUGGUGCGGCUGAUCAAGAUAACUAAGUUUGAUGAUAUCCAUGCGCUCGCGGGUCACAUAGAGAGUCUUCUCCACCUUCAAGAUCUUCUCUAUCAGAGGGACAAAAAGACUCAUGAGCAGGUCGACCAUCUGAAAAAAUCCCUGCUGACACUGGAGGACAGGCAUCGUUUGCUGCGGCUGCAGAAGACCAACCGGCUGUCCCAGCUCCAGACCGAGAUAGAGCAGACGUGCUCUGAAGCUCUUUCAUGGGAAAGGAAGUGGAACACCAUUCAGGAAACAGCAGCAAAUAAAACACUCUUGCUGGGACGGAUUAAAAUGGCAACCCAUAACCUCUAUGAAAUGACAGCUAACGAGGUAGGAGGAGGAGAAGAAGAUAUGAAUAUGAAUGACACAGAGAAACAGCUUGAAAAGGUCAAGAUGUUCAUGCAGGACCAUGAGUACUUAGCAAAACAUAAUCAAACUCCUUCACAUGAUCAAGCUGAACAGGAAAAAGACAAGUCAAAGCACAAGAAAUGCACUGCAACACGAGCAUGAUGCUUCAAUUGAAGCUUAAACAUGAGUUUUCAUUUAGCUUUAAAACUGAAUUCACUGA